GUCAGACGCUCCAUCGCUCAUCAUUUCCUCUUCCGGGCGGCUGUGUUGGGCUUAACAGUGUCUAAAGACACAACCCUCUAGGACACGGCACCUCUUCUACUGGAAAUUCCAGGAUGUCGGGGGCUGGUGGUAAGAGAUCAGCAGGGGAUGCUGGACCCUCAGGUCCCCCUGAAAAGAAGGCAGCAGUGGAGGAUUCUGGGACCACAGUGGAGACUAUAAAGCUUGGAGGGGUCUCUUCUACGGAGGAGCAGGACCUGCGCACCCUGCAGGUGAAGAACAAGAAGCUAGCUGGCAUGUUGGACCAGAGACAGGCCAUAGAAGAUGAGCUGCGGGACCACAUUGAGACCCUAGAGAAACGUCAAGCCACAGAUGAUGCAUCUCUUCUAAUUAUUAAUCGUUACUGGAGUCAGUUAGAUGAGAAUAUUCGCAUUCUCCUUGGCCGUUACGACUUGGACCAGGACUUGGGGGAGUUUCUUAGUGAACGUAAAGCACUGGUUAUUCCAGAACCUGAGCCGGACUCUGACAGUAAUUCAGAGCGCAAGGACAUCGAGCGAGGGGAUGGACUGACUGAGUCGUCCUUCUCUUUCUUGGGCACACUGGCUAGCAGCAGCAGUGAAGAGAUUGAGUCUCAGCUGCAAGAACGCGUGGAAUCCUCUCGUCGAGCUGUUGCCCAUAUAGUAUUGGUCUUUGAUCGUUUGCAUGCUCGGCUGGACCAGUUAACUACUAAACUCAACAGCAAUGACCCAUCUCAAAUGGAGGAAUCUGUGAAGGAGCUGAACUCCAUGUUGACUAAUGAGAACAUGCGUCUGCAGGAAGUAUGCAAGCGGCUGCAAGAGAAGCAACAGAACAUGACUCAAGAGUUCAGUCAGUUGCAGACACGUUUGGAGAAUGCAGAAUCUCGAGUCUCUGUGCUGGACGGACUUAUUGAAGAUCUGCAGUGGGACAUUGAUAAGGUCCGGAAGAGGGAGCAGCGGCUGAACAGACACUUGUCUGAGGUCCUGGAGAGGGUCAACUCCAAGGGCUACAAAGUGUAUGGUGCAGGAAGCAGCUUGUAUGGAGGAACAAUAACUAUCAAUUCUAAGAAGUUUGAAGAGAUGACAUCAGAAGUUGAUAUGAAUAAGGAGCUUGCAGUCAACCGCCUGCAGGAAUUGGACAAAUUGAGACAGGACCUGCAGGACGUGACUGCGGAGAACCAGGAGCUUCAGAAAUUGCUGUCAAACGCCGUGGAGGAAAACGUGCGCCUGUCUCCAGAAUAUCGAUGCAUGCAGUCUCAGUUCUCUGUCUUGUAUAAUGAAUCUCUGCAGCUGAAAGCCCACUUAGAUGAGGCACGUUCCCUUUUACACGGAACACGUUCCAAUCAUCAGCGUCAGCUUGAGCUUAUUGAGAGGGACGAGGUGGCCCUUCAGAAGAAAGUGCGUACAGAGGUAAUUCAGCUGGAAGACACACUUGCUCAAGUGAGGAAGGAGUACGAGAUGCUGAGGAUUGAGUUUGAGCAGACUCUGGCUGCCAAUGAACAGGCUGGUCCUAUUAAUCGGGAGAUGAGACAUUUAAUAAGCAGCCUCCAGAACCACAAUCAUCAGUUAAAGGGUGAGGUGUUACGGUACAAGAGGCGUCUCCGGGAAAUCCAAGGAGAUAUUAACAAGAUGCGUUCUCGCAGUAGUAGUCUCUUCCUGCUACCCUCACAGUCUAGCGUGGAAGAACCCAAAGAAGAAACAGUUGAGAUAAAGCAAGAGCCUGAAGAAAGUGCCCCUCCAACUCCAGCUUCAUCUCAGCCAGAGCCUGCCGUAAAACGUGAGGAGGAGGAAGCACAAGCACAGCCCCAGCAGAGAGACAGACGGGAAAGGGAGAAAGAAAGAGAAAGGGAGCGCGGGAGAGAGAAAGACAGAGGAGACAGCUCAAAGGAGAAGUCAAAACAUGAACCAGACAACAAGCGCAAGGAUGCAGAAAGUGUCAAACAGAUGAAGGCCGAAAUAAAGCGAGUCCAGGAAUCUUUGCGAGAUAUGAAGCUGCUUUUAGAUAUGUAUCGUUCAGCACCCAAAGAGCAAAGGGACAAGGUGCAGCUGAUGGCAGCAGAAAGGAAGAGCAAAGCAGAGCUUGAGGAACUUCGUCAGCGGCACAGGGAACUGGAGGAAAGGGAACGCAGAGACAGCAAAAAAAUGGCGGAUGAAGACGCUUUGCGCCGAAUGAGAGCAGCAGAGGAACAGACAGAGGCUUUGCAGAAGAGAUUGUCUACAGCCAAACAAGAGGAGGACGCUUUGCUGUCAGAAAUGGAUGUCACAGGGCAGGCAUUUGAAGAUAUGCAGGAGCAGAAUAUCCGUCUCAUGCAACAACUGAGGGAGAAAGAUGACGCCAACUUCAAGCUGAUGUCUGAAAGGAUCAAAUCCAACCAGAUCCAUAAACUGCUCAAAGAGGAGAAGGAAGAGCUGGCAGAUCAGCUGCUCACCCUGCGUACACAGGUGGAUGCUCAGCUACAGGUUUUACGAAAGCUGGAGGAGAAGGAGCAUUUGUUGCAGAGCAGCAUUACUACAGGGGAGAAGGAGCUAACUCUGCGCACACAAGCACUGGAUCUUAGUAAGCGCAAGGCAAUGGAUGCCUCACAACAAGCAGAAGAGCUGCGAGUUCAACUGGAGCUGUCACAGAAAAAGCUGCAAGACUUUCGGGUAGAAAUCAUAGAAAACAGCACUAGCCGGGAAAAGGAUGCAUUCAAUUACAAGAGAGCACAGGAGGAUAUAUCCCGCCUUAGAAAAAAACUGGAAUCCACCAAGAAGCCUGAUCUGGUGCCAACGUGUGAUAAGAUCUUAAUGGAAGAAAUCAAAGAGUGCAAGUCUCGACUCACGUGUCCUUGCUGCAACUCCCGCAAAAUGGAUGCUGUCUUAACAAAAUGUUUCCACGUCUUCUGCUUUGAGUGUGUGAAGACAAGAUAUGACACACGCCAGCGCAAGUGCCCAAAAUGCAACGCUGCGUUUGGCGCAAACGAUUUCCAUCGCAUUUACAUUGGGUGAAUGGUUGACAUAUUGACGGGUCUUUCAUGUAUAGGUCAACUCUAUGGACAGAGGUAGCCACAAGAAAGACAUCACCUGCACAAGCCAUCCAAGUCAUACGCACACUGCCCUCUAUCUUCACAUUGUAAUACUGUGUCCACAUAAAUCUUAUCCUACCACAUAAGCAAGAAGUCCUCUUCACCAGGGACCAUUGCCUGUGUUAUGAUGUGCUGAUAUUUCUGAUGGUGGCAGUCUCCUGAACUGAUGCUUCCAGAGAAGCUGUGAUACAGAUAUGUACAGGUGGAACUAGGAUCCCACUGGAUUUUUUUUUAAUGGAACUAAAAAUGUCUCCGUUCUAUCAUAUUGGAGAUGAAAAUAUUUAUUUGAAGUCUAACCAAGACUUUUUUUUUCCUUUUUUUGAUCACCACUUGUGAAUAGAAAUUCACUAAUCCCUACUUCCGGUAUCAGUGGGUGUCACAAAAUAUUUUCAAAGGAGAAUCUGUUGCGGACCAAUAUUAAAGGACAACAAAAUUUAAAAAGUACAGUGCAGAGGUGGGAGGGUGAAUGGGGAAUAAAUGGCUGCUCACUUCUAGAAGCAGUCCAUUAUGGGUUGUGUCAGGCAUUGCGGCUGACAUGAUCUAUGACCAAUAGUGGGGCUGUUUCUGGAAGACAGCAACCAUGUACUUCAUGGACCUCCUUUAUUUUAGAGAUAUGUAAAUUAGUCUUGUAAGGUGCCCAAGGGUCUGUACGAACCUUCCUGGUGCCCAGCCACGCCCGCCUGUGAAGGAGCCCAGCACCGCCUAUGUCCUCCGAUUCGCCUCCUUUCGUCACCGAUAGAUUACCGCAGUGCCGGUAUAGUGUUCCUUCCCUGUGCUGGCAUCAGCCUCAGGAAAGGAACUGCGCAUACGCGAGCUUUCGCAUCGCGAGAUUACGGCAAUCUAUCGGUGACGAAAGGAGAAGAUUCGGAGGACA